CUAUGGGAACGUGACAUCAAGCUGACGUUUUCCUGUUUAAAAGCUUUUAACUAAAUUCCAGCCUGUCAGCUGUAGGCCCCAUUUUAUGCUCUCAGACUUCAAUCUGUUGCAAAAGGGUUUCAUAUGUUCUCUUGUCAUUCAAAUGCUUCUCCAGCCAUACACAGGCACCGGGCCGGCAAAGGAGAUAGCAACUUAAAUCUUGUCCCUUAGCUGGGGGUGGUGGUGGUGGUGGUAUAGAAGGGGUGGGGGAAUUCCGUCUCUCUUUUAAAAGCCCUUUCAUCUUCUUUCCUCGAGCAAUGGCUGCCGCCGAGGUGCCCAGUUACCUGCUCACCUCCCAGAGCGAGAAGCACCGGAGGGCCCGCAACUGGACCGACGCCGAGAUGAAGGGCCUCAUGUUGGUCUGGGAGGAAUUCUUUGAGGAGCUCAAGCAAACUAAGAGGAACGCCAAAGUUUACGAACGCAUGGCCAACAAGCUCUUCGAGAUGACCGGCGAGCACCGCCACGGCGAGGAGAUCAAAAUCAAAAUUACCAACAUGACUUUCCAGUACAGGAAACUGAAAUGUAUGACAGAUGGAGAGUCCGUUCCCCCCGACUGGCCUUACUUUAAGACCAUUGACCGGAUCUUGUCUAAACUUCCAGAAGUGAGUGAUGGAAAGUUACAGCCUGGGCCUUCUACCUCUCAAACUGAGGCCUCCCAGUCCCCGUCUACAAAGUCCACCCCUCUCUACCUUCCUUAUCACCAGUUCACAUACGAAGAAAGAGAAGGAUAUUUUGAAGAUGACAAUUCGGAGAGCUCAACAAGCCUGCAAUCCUACAAACCGAGGUCUGGUGAGAGGGCCAAGAAAAGGAAACUGCAAAGUUGUAGCUUUAAGAAGAAGAAGUUAAAGAUAAUGGAGAACAUGUUAGAGGAACAUAAGAGGCUGAGCCGAGCAAUGGAGGAAACCUGUCGGGAAGUAAGACGAAUCUUGGACCAGCAGAACAUCAUUCAAGUGCAAAGUCUGCAGCUCCAGGAGAGGAUGAUGAAUCUUCUAGAGAGAAUGAUCAAUAAAUCUUCUCCUUAAAUUUACUAGACGAUCUACCAGAUCUUAUGGCUCAAGCGCCACCACAUAUCUCCUCGUCCCUGUGCCUUUGGGCCUUUUAUUGUUGCUGGUAGGACCGUGGACCCCAGGAGGAUGGAUUCUUUGAGGAGGAUCAGUGGAAAAGGCCUCAGGGAUGUGUUGGUCUGCAAAGACGAUAGAGCACUAUGUGGAAUAUUAUAGUACAAAUCACGUGUGAGAUUUUAGAAGUUAAGGUCACUCCACUGCAGGGACCCUAUAAAUAUAAUUGAUGCACUUGUAUAUUCCUAUGCAGAAGUUAUGCUAACAUCUCAUGCUGAAUUCUUCAGAAGGGGAGAGACCAGGUUGCCGAGCACCAUUUGAUUUCCUGCCUGGGUGACCAUAAUUUGGGUACAUGUUGCUGUGUGUACUGAAGUGGUCACAGGUUCUAUCUAAAUAAGAGACUGGCUCUCCAUGCUACACAUGUUUGUGUUUCUCUUUCGUGUUACAGAAAAGAGGAGAAAUUUGCCAAAAACAAACAGAGACUUUGGCCCAGAUUUAUAAAUAUAUUGCCUGAAACCCAAACUGUUUGCCCAUAGCAGCCAAUCAUGGCCAUCAGCAUGGCUAUUUUCUUCUAUAAAUACUGCCACACAGGGCCAGGAAAGGGUAUUUUGGUGCCCCAGGCAGAUAUGGCAAAUGGUACCCCCACCCCAUCCUUAUGCAACUUGCCAUAACUCCUGUUCUACAGGGCCCUACAAGUGGCAUUGCUAUGGCAUAGCUAUAAAAAAAUAUGUAAGGGCUCUACUAGAUGGCCGGACUGGCCCUGUAAACUAUCACCGAUCUCAUAGACUGACACUGGUUUACACAGCAUGUGAGACAGCUUGAUGGGGGAUGGCAUAAAUGACCGCUGGAUUGAUCAUGCGACCCUUUACAGUUAUCAGCCGUCGCCCACAUAUACCCUAUAACAUGGGGAUAUGUGCGGCUGAUGGCCAAUGAUUUUUAGUGAUACAAAAUGAGCCAAUUAACCGACAAACAAUUUGCUGGUUCCUUAAAUGAUCUUUGGCCCUAUUACGUAGGGAGAUGUCAGCCUGUUAAGCUAAUAGACCUCCUCUAUAAUAGGGCCCUAACACCCCCUUAAAAAAUCAUACAUACUUACUGUAUAAAGUAUGUGUAUCUCUAAGACAGCAUACAAAAAAAAGCGCGAGCAGCACUCUAUUAUAUGGAAUUCCAUGCCAAUAAUCCAGACCAAAGAGAGGGAUCCCCAGUAUAUACAUAAGAGACAUGAUCGCAGCACUUCAAAAUAUGUGGAAAACACAUAAGCAUAAGGUGCUGCACCUAUUGUAGAGGCUUCUGAAUGCUGUCCAUAAUGUAAACCCAUGUAGCUGCCAUUUUUUGCUAUGUAACAGCAGAAAGAAUUGUGAUGACUAAAGCAUACAAUGACAUAACAUCUUAUUGCUUUGUAUAUGCAGUGUAAGCUAUUUUAAAGGGGAACUCCUCUGGAAAACUAUUUUUUUAAUCAACUGGU